GUUUCAGGCAAUAUCAAAAUGAACGAUGGUUUCCAGCUGCUGCGUCUCCCUCACCUUGUCAUGAUCAAGACUUUAAAUUUCAUGCCAAUUGAAGAUCUACUGCAAAUUUCGGACAAUCCUCUUCUGUAUAACUCAAUACGUGAACAUGUCAAUACCGAAAAGUUCACAGUAAACUUUUAUACUGAUCAAAGUCAACUAAAAAUCAAAGGUUUCACCUGGCUAUUUUACAAAACCAAAUUUUGGGAUGAAAGUGAAUCGAUAAAAACCAUUGGACCCGUUACUGAAAAAGCUCAUGUAUUUAAAAAUACGUGGUGGACUCAUUCCAAAAACCAUCGCGACAUAGUUGUGCAACUGGUCCAUUUUUUCCAAAACUUUUUUAUGAGAGCCAAAUUAGAAACUAUUCUCUAUAUUGCCACUGAAGAUAGAAAUGAAGAACGGAUAUCUCAAAUGGAUCUCAAAUUUCUCAAAGAAAGCCAGUACAUUGUUCGUGAUGAUGCUUCUCAGACAAUUCAUGAGUAUUUGAAAAUGUUUUCGAAUAACAAGCAGCUUGUUGCCAUGGACGGUUUCUCCGAUAGGGCUAGAAUUGCGAGAACGAAAAUUACCAGUAAAAAUUUUACAAGUGGAAAGUUGCCGGUGAACCCAAAUGAAUGGUUCGAAUACGACUACUUCCAUGAACGAUUAUUCGAAAUUGUUCUCAUCUCAAGACUUAUUGUGGAUAACCAAAACAUACAAACCAUAAUAAGCUCGUUUGUGGAUGGAGAAACAUUUGAGAGAUUGAGGUUUUUGCACUGUCAAAACGCUGACAAUAUCGAUUUGAGAUAUGCACUCCAAGGAGUGGCCGCUAUUGAGUGGACAGAAAACAAUGUUUUCAUGGAAAAAUUCAAAGGAAUUCCGGCCAUGACAAAUUACUUCAUCGAGACCGGCUACAUAAUAUGGGAUUCCAAGGGCAAAGUGGCAACAGUUCAUGUGGAUCCCGAAAAAUCAACGUUCACUCUAAUUGGCUGGGAAAAUAUCAUAUCUCCGAGGCUUAUGACGGCUCUUUCUAAUUUGGAGUUUAAUUAAAUUUUUAGGAAUCAUAUUGCCGACGUAAUAAUGUAUUUUUUAUAAUAACAUGUCAUUUUAUUGAAAAACAAUAAAAUAUGUACAUACGCGAA